UUAGUGUACUCAAUCCAAGUUUCAAUAUGUUUCAAUCUAAUCUCAAGUUUCUUCUUUCUUUUUCUCUUUUAUGUGUUUUGUUUUCUCUUCUUUUUCAGUCCUUAAAGCCAUUCCUGAUGCAAUACUACUAUAGCUUCUACACCAUUGACAAGAGUUACAUGUUUCUUCUAUCCAAUACCCUUCUUGCUUUUAUAGCAUUAUGUUCUACCAUAUUCAAUACCUCUUCAUCAACCACUCAUGAAAGCAUUGAACAUGUUCUUGUUCUUGACAGUGACAAGAGUAACCACUUCGAGUUUUACGUAACAGAACCAGAUAUUACAGAAGCAAUUGAUAGUGAUAACAUAUUGAAAACUGAAACACCAAAAGAAGAUGAAGAAGAAAAGAGCUUGAUGAUAGUGGAACAAGAAAACAUGAUUACAGAAGCAGAAGCAGAAGAAGAAGAAGAAGAAGAAGAAGAAGAAGAAGAUGAUGUUCUUAUGAUAAUUGAAGAAUAUGAGACAGAUGAAUUGAACAAGAAAUGUGAGGAUUUCAUAAAAAAGAUGAAAGCUAAGUUCUGUUAUGAUUCAUAUGUUGAGAAGAGUAAUUAUUAUAAUGAUCAUCAGAAUCAGAGUUCACUUGUGCUUGUUAAUUAGUAACUUAUCUUAACUUUUUUAGAAUUUUUCUUUUUUGGUUUGUAGGAAUUAAAUAUUUAUCUUUUCUACAUGACUAUGUCAAACUCAAAGUAUGUUGUGUUUUGUUUUAUGAAGAAUGUGGUCCAAUGAAAAAUAAAAUAUUGCUAUAAUUCAUAAUAUAUUA